AAUCAGUGAGAAUAACAGCAAAAACGAAAAGAACAAUUGCUACAUGUUUUGUUUUCUCCUUCCAUUUAUCCAUUUAACAUUAUAAAUAAAAUGAACAAAAAAAAAAUUUAUCCUUUAUUAGCAUUAAUUCAUAUUAACGGAGCGGUUCCUGAUCAUCCCUCAAAUUAUUCUUUAUAAAGAAACUGAUUGGAAAUCAAGUCAGCAUUACGAGAUUGAUUAAACAAGCACUCGAAGACUCAUACAAGACACAAAUUGGAAGACAUAGUGUUGAUGAUUUUCCAACAUCUCAUUCAUUUCCAAUAUUCAUGAAAAAUAGGCCUACCAAUUAUCUUAAAACUUCGGUAGUGGAAUGUCAACGCAAACACCAACGCGUUAUACUUCUCCAUUGGAUCGCAUAAUCUGAGCUCGCGCGUUGUUAUCGAUGAAAAUGUACAAAACGCAAAUCUUCGCAUGGAGUUAACAAGGACUCUACAUAAUAAAAAAAAUGUAAAAUUCUGAUCCUGAAUUUAAAAAAUGUAAAGAAGAGAAAAUUUGAUGCAGACAAUGUGAUCAAUCCUUGAAUUAAAUUCCAUUAGGGAGUCGGGUGUGGUGUCGGGUGGGUCACAAUCACGAAACCAAAAGCGUGUUUGUUAUCCCAUUACACGAAACCACUUAUUAUCUCCGAAUCCAAAUCGAAUUUCCCUUUUCUCGAAUGAAAUCAUUUAGGCCGGAUACCGAACCAAAAAAAACAUCCGUUCUCCGCCAGUGGCCAGCAAUACAGUUUAUACACGAACAAAGGCCAAGAAACGCUGCGAAAAUUUGCAGUCACUUCAAAUCACCGAGUUGAACAAGCAAACAAAAAGGCGAAACAAGGACAAAACAUUCUUUAGGGCCUCAGACGUGUGAAACUCUCAAGAGCGAGACAAAAUUGGUGAAAAUGUUUUAUUUCUUACACAAUUCUUUAUUCAACAGAACGGGCACUGCUGGGAAUUUUGCUUCCCUUGUUGGCCAAUCAGAUCGUUCAGAUUAGUGAACUUGAAAUAUUACCCAAAGCAGAGAACGACGAAAAGGUGAUUGAACAAGGCUCAACCCUAACACUCACUUGCAUCGAAAAGUCUCCCCAUCAUCACUUGUCGGAUAAUUUCACCGAGCUAAAAUGGAUACUUCCCCAAUUCACAGACCCUCUUAUUGAAGAAACAGAUAAUCGCUUCAGUUUAACUGAUAUAAAGAAUGAAACGCACCUGAUGUCGACCAUGACUUUGAUCAACAUUACAACCAAUGACACGGGCUUUUAUGAAUGUCAAGGGAGAAUCCAAUCACGGAAUCGAUACGUUUAUGUCUUCAGUUGGCAACGAAGAUUUUGAUUUGACAGGACCCCAAAAUUUUUCCAGCAACAAGUUAGAAGCCAAAACAUCAAUCUUCGAUCCUGUCACGUUCCUCGAGGAAGAAAAACACGAAAUUAAUGUGCCCACCCUGACUACAACUUUAAUCGGAUUAUGUGCAUUUAGUGUGGGGAUUUUUGGCAUCAAAAUUCACCUCAACAAAAGAAAGGUGAAAAGACAACUUGAAAAAAUGUUGAAUGGAGAUCCGAGCAGAAUCGAUCCGGAAGUGCCGUUGGAAUAUCAAACGGAAUUCCUGCCAUACGAUAGAAAAUGGGAGUUUCCAAGGAAACGGCUGAGACUCGGUCAAGAACUGGGAUCUGGUUGCUUCGGUCGAGUUGUGAAAGGGGAAGCCGUAGGCAUCAAAGACUCUGAUGAAACAGUGACCACAGUGGCCGUUAAAAUGACUAAACUAACGGCCAAGUCUCACAACGCACUGGACGUUCUUAUAAAGGAAUUAAAAAUGAUGAUUCAUUUGUGGGAGCACUUGAAUAUCGUUAAUUUAAUGGGGGCCUGCACAAAUACCAACAUCAAAGAAGAAAUUCUGGUCAUCAUCGAAUUCUGUAAAUUUGGCGAUUUAAAAUCGUAUUUAAUCAAACACCGGGAUCAAUUUAUUAACGAGUUGAACGCGUUGGGUAAUAUGCCACCCACGAACGAAACGGCAACAAAUGAUGUGACACAACAUCCAUCGGUCGCAAUGAAACUGGUCAACGAAAUUUCGGAAUUGCAAACUCACGAGCCAGCACAUGUGACAGAAAUGCCCGAACGAGAUCAAACAUACAAGAGCAGAAAAGAUUCGGACGCAAAUUUUACUCAAAUAAUCAAGACGAGCGACUUGAUUUCAUGGUCAUACCAAAUUGCUCGAGGGAUGGAGUUCUUGGCCAGCAAAAAGGUUCUGCACGGUGAUUUGGCCGCCCGCAAUGUCCUUUUGGCCGAUCACGGAGUCGUCAAAGUGGCCGAUUUCGGAAUGGCCAGACAAAUGAAGGAUUACGAAUGCGAAAAAGAGGGAGAGGAAUUAUUUCCAGUUCAGUGGAUGGCAAUAGAAUCCCUGACCAUUAACAUUUUUUCCAGCCAAUCAGAUGUCUGGUCCUACGGGAUUCUCUUGUGGGAAAUCUUUUCCCUUGGCAAUGUUCCAUAUCCAGGAAUGGAGAAUGGCUGGAUACUUGUAAGGGAAAUUCAAAAUGGGUGCCGAAUGGAAAAACCGGAAUACUCGCCCAAUUUUUUGGGAGAAAUAAUGAAAAACUGUUGGCAAAAAAAUCCGAAUGAGAGGCCGACUUUCUCUCAACUGGCAGGGGUGAUCGAAAAACAAAUCGAAGCGCUGGGCAGCUUAGAUUAUUUGAACAUGAAUAGCCCAGCUAAUGAAGUUGGUCAAACCGACGAGAUGAAAGUGCAUUCCAAUUCUAACAAAUCGCUUGAAAAUUGUUAAAUUAUUAAACGAUG